UAUACCAUAAAUAAUCCCCCUCCCUCUUCGCCCUCAACCAUUCUUCACAGCCGCCGCCAAGGCUCUAGGUUUUGUCGAGCUCCUUCCUUUGCCAUAGGCUCAGCUCGUCAAAUAUGUCUUAGAGUCGCGAAGAUCCUCUUGAAACGCUUCGGAUGGGGAGCGACUGGUCAACCCUGACGGGGUGCUUGGUGAUGCUGAUCGCCGAGCGCCUACUGGCCAACGACGUCACGGACUACAUCCGCUUCCGCGCCGUGUGCAGCCCCUGGAGGCAGCACACCGAGGACCCACGUGUCGGCGACGGCCUCCGCCCCAAGUACCUCCCCAGGUCGUGGAUCAUGCUGGAGGAGACCCCCCCGGCGGCGGCGCCGUUCCGCAACCGCCUCCUCAACACCGGCACCGGCGCCGUCCUCGCCGUCGACGUCCCGGAGCUCAAGGACCACGACGUCAUGGGCCCCACCCUGGGCGGGCUCCUCACGCUGCGGGAGCGCGGCGGCGCCCACGUGCUCCGCCUCCUCCACCCGUUCACGCGCCACCUCACCGAGCUCCCCUCGCUCGUCACCAUGAUCCACGCGGCGUCGCACGACCCAAAGAUGGUGGAGCCCGAGUACCACCAGCCGACGGCCAUCGGCCUCUCCGACGACCACAAGGCGGUGGCCGUGUUCUGCGGCCUGGUAAACAAGGUCGCCGUGGCCAGGCCCGGCGACAGCCACUGGAAGUGGGUCUACGUCCCGCACUUCCACCUGGAGUCGGCCGCGUCGCUCGCCGGCUGCUUCUACGCCGUCUCGCACGUCUACAUCUACCAGCUCGAGAGCGACGGCGCGCGCGGGGAGCCGAAGCUGGUGCCCGUGGCGUACGUGCCCGUGGACGCCCCCUCGUUCCGCCUCACGCUGGUGGCGGACGACGAGAGGGAGAGGCUGAUGCUGAUGAAGGAGGUGUUCUACGUGCACGCGGGCGAGGAGGUGCCACCGGAAGGGCCCGACAUGCUGACGAUGCCCAGGGUGUGCGUCGCGUACGCGGUGGACAUGGCGGCGAGGACGAUCGCGCUGUCGAGGCUGGGCGCGCGCGCGCUGUUCAUGGGCGACGACCGCGCGGUCUGGGCGUCGCCGGGGGCGUUCUCCCCGGGCGUCGCGGCGGACACCGUCUACGCCGGCCGCCCCAACAGGCUCUUCACCGUGCACGAGUGCGGCAUCGAGGCCGACCGCCCGCUGACGGUCGUGCUCCACACGCACGGCCUCGUGAGCGGGCUGACGCGGCAUGCCGUGUUCGAGAGCGACGACGGCGAGGACCUGAACCCCAUGGGCAUCGUCGAGACCGUCUCCAGCUACGUCGCCAGCGACCGCGGCGGCGCGGCGCGCCCGACCAUGUAUGUCGCCAGCCAUGCCCGCCGCGGCCGUGGCCGUGGCGUGUAGUUCGGCUGAUAACUGUGGCGGUGAUGACUGAUGAGGAAUUCGCUCUGGAAUUUCCUCCUGAAAUAAUAAAAAUAGUGGUUGGUUCUUCCUGAAAAAA